AUGGCUUGGGAUUCGGCUGCAGCGGCUGCCAAAGCAGGCUGGGGAACGAGCAACAGCGCCCAGUCGACUCUGACAAAUGAUACGAGCGGCUGGUCGACCGGUGGAGGCGGUUCGAGCGGUCAGCCGUUGCAGCAGGCUUCGGGAGGAGGAGGAGGAGGUUGGGGAGGACAAGGUGGAGACUGGGGCCGCCGUGACUCGCAGCCUCAGCAGUCGAACGACGGAUGGAACGCUGGAGGCGGCUACGCCCGAUCCAACGACCGCGGCGGGAACGGCGGAGGAGGAUACGGUGGGCAGGGACGCGCUCCGCCUCCUCACAUGCAGCAGCGCGGCCAGGGAGGAUACGAUCGCCCGCCUCGUCAGCACAACGACUUCGGCAACGGCGGAGGAGGCGAGAGGAGGCCGCGCCGUGACGACCGCGUGGACAUGGGAGGCGACAACGUCUCGGGCGGAGGUGGCUGGGGCGGAAGUGGAGGAGGAGGCGGAUAUGGCGGUGGAGGAGACGGCGGAGAAGGCUUCGGCGGGCGCGGUGGCUUUGGCGGUCGUGGACGCGGACGUGGACGUGGAGGUUUCGGCGGCGACGGCUUCGGAAGGGGCGGCGAUGGCUACGGUGGUCCUCGCGACGACCGUAGGGGCGGCUACGGCGGCGGCGGCGGUGAUGGCUACGGCGCUCCCCCGGGCGACAACGGAAGCCCCUACGGCGGUGGCUACGGCGGAGAAGGGCCUCGUCCCGGCUUCGGCGGUCGGGGCAUGUCGGGCGGCUACGACUCGGGACCUCGUCCUCCCAUGAGGGACAAGGGCCCGUACAUGGCCGACCUCAGCCCCAUCGAUUUUUCGAGGGUCGAGCUUCCGCCGUUCCAGAAGGACUUUUACACCGAGCACAAGAACGUCACGAACCGCUCGGACGAGGAGGUCGAGGAAUGGCGCAAGUUGAAGAAGAUCAGCGUCUUCGGCAACGCCUUGCGUCCUGCGCACAACUGGAUCGAGAUGCAACUCCCGGACUUUGUUCUCGAGUACAUCAAGAGGAAGGGCUUCAUCGAGCCCAUGCCGAUCCAGUCCCAAGCCUUUCCGAUGGCCAUGAGCGGCAACGACCUCAUCGCCAUCUCGGAGACCGGCUCGGGCAAGACUCUCGCCUACGCUGCUCCCGCUAUCCUCCAGGUCCAGGCUCAGCCGCCGACGGACGCUGCUCAAGGACCCAUCGCCCUCGUCAUGGCGCCGACUCGCGAACUUGCCAUGCAGAUCCUCGCCGAGUUCAGGGCUGUCGGCGAAGGCUCCCCCGUCACUUUCGCGUGUGCCUAUGGCGGCGUCAGCAAGAUGAGGCAGCUCGUCGACAUCUCGCAGGGCGUCGACAUUCUCAUCGCCACGCCGGGUCGCCUCCUCGAGUACCUCGCCGAAGGAUCGGUCACCCUCAAGCGCGUCACGUACCUCGUCGUCGACGAGGCCGACAGGAUGAUUCAUGAGGGUUUCGAGGAGGAGCUCAGGCAGAUCUUCAGCUGCGUGCGCCCCGACCGCCAGGUACUCAUGUUCUCUGCAACGUGGCCGGAGGAGGUGCGCGACCUCGCCAACGAGUUUUUGAAGGACGCCGCAAGGGUCCACAUCGGGAAGGACGAGAUGGUCGCCGCGAAGAGGAUCAAGCAGGAGGUCAUUCUUUGCCACGGGUACAUCGACAAGCGCGACAAGCUCAUCGAGAUCAUCAACGAGGUCAAGGCGGAGAAUGGCAAGAUCCUCGUCUUCCUCAAUACCAAGCGCUCGGUGCAGGAGAUGACCGACUGGAUCCGCGAGCUGCCGGACAAGUACGAGGCGCUCUGCUUGCACGGCGACAAGCGUCAGGAGGAGCGCGACUUUGCCCUGAACGAGUUCCGCAAGGGCGGCCACCCGAUCCUCCUCGCCACCGACGUCGCGCAGCGCGGAUUGGACAUCGAGGGCGUUACGGUCGUCUGCAACUUCGACGUGCCCGACUCCGUCGCCUCUUACGUUCACCGCAUCGGCCGCACCGCUCGCGCUGGUCACGAGGGCCGCUCCAUCACCCUUCUCUCCGGCAGCCGCGACCGCGCCAUGGCCGCCGAGAUCGUCAAGUUGAUGCAGCGCGACGAGCAGGACAUCCCGGAAGAGCUCGAGGAGUACGCUCGCGAGGACUCCUCCUUCGCCCCGAUGGAGUCGUCGACGUCCUCUGACAACGCUGCGGCUGCGUCGACUUCAGCCGAGGCGGCGCCGUCGGCUUGGGCUUCCUCGGCUGGAUGGGGCGGUUCUGCCACGAAGAGCGAGGAAGCGACUCCUGCGGCAGGCUGGGGAGCGCCCGACGCGAAGAGCGACCAGCCGAGCGGUACAUUGUCGGGGCAAGCGCUCAAGCCGUGGGGCAAGCCGGCUGCCGAGGUCAAGAAGGAUGAGGAGUCGACCGCGGCGGGGUAUGACUCUGGCUACGGCGCGUCGCCGGAAACGAGUCCCGCCAAGUCGACCAGCUGGGGUCGCUCGUUGUCGGCCUCGCCGCCUGCCAAGGAGGAGCAUUCGCCCAUCGAGCUCGACGAGAGCAAGUCGCGCACGCUCGAGACGGUCGACGAGGAGGAGCGCCCCGAAGACUUCCUCGCCAAGAUGCGCGCGACUGGUGACGCCGACAGCGACGGCGGAAGCGGCACCAUCACGCCGACGGAGGCGGCAAGGCUCGAGGCCGACCUCAACAAGGUUUCGCUUGACGACGAUGCCUGA